UGAUUUCGCUCUUCAACAACACGGUCUUUUUUAAAGUUCCGUAGACGAUGAGAGCAAGGGGGUUGUGAAGAUACGGAAAAUAGGGACUGUUUAAAUAUCUUUGAUGCUCGUGGGACACAAAGAGAAUCAAAAUAAGAGACGUAGGGGUAAUUCUGGGAGUUUUUGUAUCAUAUUAACCGUUUCCUGGUGUUUAAAUACGGGUAGGCAAUAGCUAGCGCCAUCGGGCUAACGGUGUUAGCAGCUAGCGAUCAACCAAACGACAAAGGAAAUAUAGCCAGUAAAUCAACGUUUCCAUAACGAUAUCUUUUAUACAGUUUGCUUAUUCGGAUUGGGGCCUUAUUUUUUGACCAAUCACCAAGAUAGUAGAAAACGGCAGACUCGACCUGUUUGAAUAAACCCGACAAAAAUCCACUAAAAUGGCGGAGCCGGACAAAUUAAACAUUGACUCCAUAAUACAGCGUCUCCUGGAAGUUAAAGGCUCCAGGCCAGGCAAGAACGUACAGCUGACAGAGAGUGAAAUCCGUGGCCUCUGUCUCAAAUCUCGGGAAAUUUUCCUCAGCCAGCCAAUUCUGCUGGAGCUGGAAGCACCGCUCAAGAUCUGCGGCGACGUUCAUGGUCAGUACUAUGACCUCCUUCGUCUCUUUGAGUAUGGCGGCUUUCCUCCUGAGAGCAACUAUUUGUUCCUGGGGGACUAUGUGGACAGAGGGAAACAGUCUCUAGAGACCAUCUGCCUCCUAUUGGCCUACAAAGUCAAAUAUCCUGAAAACUUCUUCCUGCUGCGUGGCAACCAUGAGUGCGCCUCUAUCAAUCGUAUAUAUGGCUUCUAUGAUGAGUGUAAGCGACGGUAUAAUAUUAAGCUGUGGAAGACUUUCACAGACUGUUUCAACUGUUUACCUGUGGCUGCCAUUGUAGAUGAGAAGAUCUUCUGUUGCCAUGGAGGCCUCUCUCCAGACCUGCAGUCAAUGGAGCAGGUGCGGCGCGUCAUGCGGCCCACGGAUGUACCUGACCAGGGGCUGCUGUGUGACCUGCUUUGGGCCGACCCAGACAAAGACGUGCUGGGCUGGGGAGAGAACGACCGUGGCGUGUCCUUCACCUUCGGUGCAGACGUGGUGGCCAAAUUCCUUCACAAACAUGACAUGGACCUAAUAUGCAGGGCACAUCAGGUGGUGGAGGACGGUUAUGAGUUUUUUGCGAAGAGACAGUUAGUCACCCUGUUCUCCGCUCCUAACUACUGUGGCGAGUUUGAUAACGCCGGGGCCAUGAUGAGUGUGGAUGAGACACUCAUGUGUUCCUUCCAGAUCCUUAAGCCAGCCGAUAAGAAGCUGUACUACGGUGGAGGAGGUGGAAUGGGCUCAGGGCGUCCAGUCACCCCGCCACGAAAUUCAGCCAAGGGUGGAAAAGCCAAGAAAUAACACCCGCUGGAUGGCCCCUCCACCCCCCAACGUCCUCUCUCCCUGAAAUUCCCCGUUCUGACCCCACUCUUUCUCUACCUCCCUUCUUUCUUUCCGUCUCCAAACGGCUGUAAAGCAGAACAGUACCCAGGGUUGAAGUCCUUUUUUUUUCCUUUUUGUUUUUUUCUUUUCUUUUUAUUUUUUCCCCUCAUGUAACUUUACAAAUGUGUGUUUAUAUUUGAGACUGCGUGUGUGAGCGUCGGUUAUGUUUGUUACGCUCUUUGUGUUUGUUUUUCCACCCAUCCUUCCCUCCCCCUCCACCGCUCAUCGCCCUCAUCUCUCCACCUGUUUCUCUGUCAGGAAGCAUCCGACGAAGCCUCCGUGUAAUUGCCCAGCCAGGCUCUGGGAAAGAUUGAGACAGACAGAGGGUCACAAGGGGGUGGGUCGAGAGGUGCAGGUCAAGCCCCCCCCCCUCACUGUUUAUGUCCCCCGCAUUGUUUCAAACACAGAACUUGCACAUACUGCAUUAGUUAGAGAGCCAGUUUGAGUGAAAUGUGAUGCAUGUAUACACACACACACACACACACACACACGCACACAUACACACAUGCAGGGAGAAUGGAUGUGCAGAGAAAGCGUGAGGUAGAGAGAGACUGUCACAGGUGCAUAAUUUCCAUUUAGAGAUCCAGUGAUUUAAAACAAACAAUCAUGUUGGAACUUUUUACUUUUUUGUAGAUGGAUCACAACAAAAAGCUUUGAAAUUCUUUGCUUACUAUGUGUGUUUUUUUUAGUGUCUUUUUUGAAAGACAAUUAUCAAUAAAGAGAACUUUAUUUAAA